AUGGCUCCUGAUCUCAACUCCCUCCCUCCGUCUAACGGAGAGAGCAUGGCUGCUCCUCAGCUCUCUUCAGAGUCUGAGACACCCAACAUCCUCUUUAUCAUGGCCGAUCAACUGGCUGCUCCUCAACUCAAGAUGUACAACCCCAACUCUCAGAUCAAGACACCAAACCUCGACCGUCUUGCUUCAACUGCUGUCCAGUUCGACUCUGCUUACUGCCCCUCACCACUGUGCGCCCCCUCGCGCAUGAGUUUGAUCAGUGGCCAACUGCCCAUGAAGAUUGGGGCUUACGACAAUGCUGCCCAGAUUGGCUCUGAUGUGCCAACUUAUGCCCACUACCUCCGUUCCAAGGGUUACCACACUGCUCUUGCUGGCAAGAUGCACUUUAUCGGUGACCAACUCCACGGUUACGAACAGCGACUUACUAGUGAUAUCUAUCCUGGUGACUUUGGUUGGGCUGUGAACUGGGAUGAGCCUGACACCCGCCUUGAGUGGUACCACAACGCCAGCUCCAUUCUCCAAGCCGGUCCCUGUGGCCGAAGCAACCAGCUCGACUACGAUGAGGAGGUCAUGUUCAAGAGCACCCAGUACCUUUGGGAUCACGUUCGGGAGGGACCCAAGAAGCGACCUUUCGCAUUGACUGUUUCGCUUACUCACCCACACGACCCUUACACCAUCACCAAGAAGUACUGGAACCUGUAUGAGGAUGUUGACAUCGCCCUACCUGAGGUGAAGAUGAACAAGGAAGAUCUUGAUGCCCACAGCCAACGUCUUCUCAAGGUCUGCGAUCUUUGGGACCAGGACUUUUCAGAGGAGCAGAUCAAGCGCGCCAAACGAGCUUACUACGGCUCAGUGAGCUAUGUUGACGACUGCAUCGGUCGCCUGCUUGAGACACUCGAGGAUGCGGGCCUGGCCGAGAACACCAUUGUUAUCUUCAGCGGCGACCACGGCGACAUGCUGGGUGAACGCGGACUCUGGUACAAGAUGAGCUACUUCGAGUCGUCUGUUCGAGUUCCCAUGUUGAUCAACUACCCCAAGCGAUUCACUCCCCACCGCGUCACUCAGAACGUUUCAACUCUCGAUCUUCUGCCAACUAUCUGUGACUUGGUCGGCACUAAGCCAUCACCCUACUUGCCAAUGGAUGGAAUCAGCAUGCUACCUCAUCUCGAAGGUCGCGAAGGUCACGACACUGUUAUUGCAGAGUACACUGGCGAGGGUACUGUUCGUCCUAUGAUGAUGAUCCGACGAGGCGAUUGGAAGUACAUCACCUGCCCAGCCGACGAGCCUCAACUUUACAAUCUUGCACGCGACCCCAAGGAAUUGGACAACCUCGCCCGCUUCAGAAAGAUUGCGCCACAGACAGCCGAGCAGGAGGAAGCCAAGGAAGUCUUCCACAAGUUCGAGGCCGAGGCCCAUGCCCGUUGGGACUUUGAUGAAAUCACCGAGAAGGUUCUUCUAUCUCAACGCACACGACGAGUUGUGUGGGACGCCCUCAAGGAGGGCGAGUUCACUAGCUGGGACUUCAACCCCGAUGAUGAUGGCAGGAAGAAGUACAUCCGCUCCACCAUCCCUCUUGAUGAUCUGGAACGCCGAGCUCGUUAUCCAUUUGUUGAUGCCAAUGGAUACGAGAGCAAGGCCGUAUCCCAUGUUCGCAACAGUUAA